UGCAGACUGGGGACAAUGGUUUCAAGAGUGAGAGUUUCGACUUUUACGCGGGACGCACACUGAAUUAACCCUCAGCUGGCCGCCAUCUGGCGCGGCUGUCGCACCUGUCGCACCUGGUCAAAGCUUACAUGCGAGGCUCAUGAGUCCACCAAGCUGAAGCUGGAUGGGGCUCUGCUGCCUAUUUUAACGUGAGCUCUCAAUUGACCGCCUACUUUGGACUAUAUAUAGACCGUGAAUUCUGAAGCAAUUCAGGUUUAAACACAGUCUUCAAUUCAAUCAUCUUGCCAUUGACAGACCGCAACACCUCAAGACAAUGACACAUCCUCAAGAGUGGCCUUCGGGCAAGCCCUUCACCACCGCACAGAAAGAUGCCAUCACCGGAUGGAUGCGCCAGUUCAUUGUGAUGCCCAGCUACGACCGGGCAUUUGAAUGGUUCAAAUGGACCUAUGAGGAGUCUCUUUCCGGAGAUUUUAUGAAGCAGCUCUUGGCUGAGUACCAGCUUGGAGAGCGUGGCCAAACAUCUUUGCCUGGCUUUGGACUCCCGUUUGACGAUAUGCCCGAUUCAGAGGAACAUUUCCCCAUGUUCACAAUUGAGUCAAGUAAUGAGAUGGGCCUGGGCGAGUGGGCCGCCAACACUCUAUCGAUCCGUGAGACCUGUAUCCUUUACAUUGUCAACUCCAUCACCGACAAGCCAGAAUGGUGGGUCAAGGUCAAGAAUCCUGAGAUUGUUGCAAAAUGGAAGGCCGAGGCCCUUGCCGCAGAUUGGUCAUUUAUCAACAUAUUUGCCGACAUGUCUGAGGCCAUGUUCGACUCGGCCAUCUGCGAGCUUGAGAGAAAGGCCGACCUGUAUGAACAAACAGGCCUCAUUCCCGUCUUCGACUACAGCGCCUGUGUAGUCAAAGACGACAAACUCCUCACCGACGAUCUCAUCACCGAGCUCAAGGCCGCCGUGUCCAGCUUUGAAAACGUCCCAGACGCCAAAAAGGACUGGCACCCCGGAAGCAACAACCAAGUGCUUGACCUUGUGCACCCAUCGCUAUGGCCCAUUGUCUACGGCAGAACACGCAUUCUUCCUGACAAGCAAAUCUCCAUUGCCGACUGCCUCGAUCAUGCCGGUCUGGGAGUCGUCAUCCCGCGACCCUUCCACCCAGAUCGUGACGAUCCCUACCGCCAAAUCCACACGUACUCUGACAAAUUCCAAUGGUUACCAUGCAAUGUUGCCAUCAAGGACGGAACAGCCAAGAUCGAAAGCUACAUCAACAACGCGCACCCCCGUAUCCAUGCUGACCUAUACCCCGUCAUUGAAAAGUUCAUCGCAAAGUCCCUCCCCGCGCUCGAUCUAGUCUACCGCUGGCCCAACGACUAUGAUACCCAACGCAUCCGCGAGCACCAGGCGCAGCACGCCUGCAUUAUCGAGGACUCAUGCCGAUCAUGCUACCCCCAGGCAUGCCCGGAGCGCUACAUCAAUGCUCAGUCGCCCGAGGAGUUUGACGCCCUGCUCAAGCGCCAGCUCAGCGGUGAGGUACACGAGGAAGAUGACCCUCGAGGCGACCACGGCGAGAUGUGGGACAUUGACGUUGAUGAGAAGGACAUCAACGACCCUCGCCUCAAAUGGUUUAUUGCAACGCACCCCAUGGCCCUCACCCCGGACUUGCGACUUCCAAAGCUGCCCCUAGGCAAGCUUGGCUGCUUUGAGAACUUCUCUCGGCUCCAGUUCAUCGUCAAGCUCGCCAAUAUCCACCUCACGCCCGAAAACCCAACUUACGAAGGCGGCUCAUGGCACGUCGAGGGCAUGCGCAACGAGCACAUCUGCGCCACGGCCCUGUACUACUACGACUCGGAUAACAUCACGGACAGCCACCUCGACUUCCGCACAAAUGCCAACAGGGAGGACUUGAGCAUGGAACUUAGUCACGAGCAGUCUGACGAUCUUAGCAUUCAGCGCGUGUUGAAUAUUGACACGAGUGGCCCGGCAGUACAAGAGAUUGGCGGCGUGAACACACGUCAAGGCAGAGCCCUCUUCUUCCCCAAUGUCUACCAGCACCGCGUACGAGAUUUCAAGCUAGCAGACCCGACACGUCCUGGUCAUCGCAAGAUCCUCGCUCUGUUCCUCGUCGACCCUAAAAUUCCCGUCAUCUCUUCGGCCAAUGUGCCGCCACAGCAGCUGGACUGGUGGGCGAACGAGACUGGCAUGGGGUCUAUGCCACACCAGGAGAAUACCCUCGACAAGCAGCAGCUGUCCGGAAAGAACGUCCUGCCGCCUGAGCUCGCAGCCAUGGUUGCAGACAAUGUCGAGUUCCCCAUUUCGCUGGAUGCAGCAAAGGCGAUUCGCGAAGAGCUCAUGGCUGAGCGAAAGGUGUUUGUGCAAGGUUCGCAGAGGAGCGAGUACAACGAAUGGAGCUUCUGCGAGCACUAGUUGUACAAAAGACUGCUGUUGAAUCGAUGCUGUGUUUGAUGUUGGAUUUCAUUUAUAUAUACGCCAUAUUAGUCUUUUAGCUGUAAAUUACAUCUUCAAAGUCACUAUCACAACAAGCAGCACAUUGAUGUAAAUCAUAUAUAAAAAAACAUUCUUUUUUGUUCUCAUGUAAAUACCGUUUGCCCCUAGCGGGCUACAAUCCAACUUGCAUCCCACGAUAAGGUUCCAAGUUGCCAGACAGUCCCUCCUCGUAAAAUAGCGUUCCGUGCUGAAUUCCCUCUUCCCUUGGUCUCGUCUCUCUUAUGCAUCUUUUUAUAAACGCAAUAAAUAAUGAAAUAACUUCCCGUGUUUCGUGUCUUCUCUCUUUCUCCUUUUCCUCAUGAGCCGUUACGUGAGAAACGAUAAAGCAAACAAAGGGAAUGCUCCAAAAAGAACCGGCCAAGCGCAUGGCUUGAUGGUUGGUUUGGAAGAAGAAAAAUGCUGGGAAAGAACAAAAACAAUUACCGACAAACGAAAAGCCGUGCAAAAUAACCCAACACAACUCGCAUAAAAGACUCCGUCGCUCGCACAUGUUUAACCGCGGACAGCAGCACCGAGAGCGCCGCCGGUGAACUGAGUACCGCCGGCCUGGCGCUGAGUGUUGCCGCCGGUGCGGGGACCAGCGCGGGCACCGCCGCGUCCGGAGCGCUGACCACCGCGACCACGGCCACCCUGGCGCUCAAAGGCGUUGGACGUACCCUGGGUGCGCUGCUCAAGAGUGCGCUCGUUGGUCUCGAUGAGGGCGGAGGCCUUGUCGGAGAGGGUAAGGGCGAGGGACUGGAGACGCGAGAGCUCGACGCCCUUGCGGAAGAUGAGGUUGGAGGUGACCUGGUCAAGCGAGGCAGCGAGCUCCUCGUGGCUGAUCAUCUUGGAGACAAUAGCAGCGACCUUGGCGUCGUCAAGCUCGAACAUGCUGCUGAGCGUCUCGAUGGCGAGAGUGUCGUAGAAGGGGGCGUAGGUGAAGAGGUAGGUGCGCAGGCCCUCCUCCUGGAUCUGCUUGGAGAGCAUCGUCUUGAUGUCCUCGGAGUUGGGCAUCAGCUCCCAGAUCUUGAUGCUGUGGAUGAACUCAAUCGACUUCUUCCACUCGCCAGCAGCCAGGGCCUUGGAAGCCUGCAUGACGUGGUCACGAGUGUUCUCGGGAGGUCCAGUGAAGAUCUGGCGCUCGUGGUACUCGAGCAUGCGGCGGUAAGUCUUGCUGAUGAUUCUCUUCUUGACAUCCGGCGACGAGCCGGUCUGGGCCAGCAGAGGAAUCUCGAGAAGCAUGCUGCAGGUGAGGUACACACACUCGAGGAGCUCGAGGUUGAUGUGCAUGUGGAAGGGAAGCUGACGCUGCUUCUCAAGGCGCUCCUGUUCGGGAGAGACCUGGCUGUAGCGCUGGAUCAUGACACCCUGGGCGAGGAGCUCCUUUUGACGGCCACUGCCGCAGAUCUCCUGAAGAGUGUUUUGGGCGUCGUAGACGAGACCCUUGCGGAAGGCGCAGAGACCGACCUGGACAAGAGUACGGUUGUAGAGGAUCUGAGACUGGACAUCGAAGCUGGGGAUGUUCUCUUGCAAGUGAGACAUGAGCAUCAUGUCGCGGGCCUUGUAGUACUCGCCGUGGAGAGCAAGGAAGUAGAUCUGGCUCAGCAUGGCACGGGCACGGAUGAUACCCUCGCUGUUGGUGAAGAGGUAGUUGCAAAGGAUAUUGACGAGGUUGUUGGCGUCCCGGGACUGGUCGCGGGAAGUAAUGGUGGACUCGACCUUGUCGCCAGCGGCCUUCCAGCUGUUCUCCUCAAAGGUCUGAACAACGGCAGCGGGCUUGAAGUAGACAUGCUCCAAGCGGC